AUGUCCUUUGGAAGAUGUGAUUCAAAAGAGGUCCACAUGUAUUGUGAUGCAUCUGAGCACGCUAUAGCAGCUGUAGGAUACUUAUUAGCUAAAAGAAAAGACCAGGAAGAGCUGGGAUUUGUACUUGGAAAAGCUAAAGUUGCUCCCUCGCACGGCCACACAAUACCCCGCCUUGAACUAUGCGCAGCCGUCUUGUCAACUGAAAUUGCACAAUACAUUUCUGAGCAGUUGGACAUUGACCUGAGCAAGUUUUGGUUUUAUUCAGAUAGUAAGGUAGUUCUUGGCUACAUAAGUAACCAAUCACGAAGAUUCUACACAUAUGUGAGCAACAGAGUUGCACGUAUACGACAAAUUACAUCACCCGAACAGUGGAAGUAUGUAUUCACGAACAAUAAUCCUGCGGAUGUGGCUACACGUGCGAUUCAUGUGUCAGACUUAAAGAAUAGCAUGUGGCUAAAGGGACCCCCCUACAUCUUGACCGGUGAAGAUUCAUCAGAAGAAAAUCUUUAUGACUUGCAGAAUCCAGACUCUGACAAGGAGGUGAGACCACUCGUUACAUGUCUGAAGAUCAGCCAUGCAUCGUCAAACCUAUCACUUGGCUCACAAAGAUUUUCAGAGUUCCUUGACUGGAAAAAACUCAUCGAGACUAUUGCGAGAUUGAGGCAUGUGGCACAGAGCUUCAAUGGACAAGGACCUUGUACAGGAUGGCAUUCCUGUAAACUCACAAAAUCAGUCUCUUCUUACAAAGAAGCAGAAAGGGUUAUCAUCAAAGUUAUUCAGAGAGAAGCUUAUCAAGAAGAAAUCUACAGUCUACAAGAGAAAAACGUUGUACCCAUGAACAGCUCCUUGAGAAAGUUAGACCCAUAUAUGGACUUAGACGGAGUGCUAAGAGUUGGUGGAAGGUUGAACAAAGGAGAACUAUGUCAGGAUGACAAAAAUCCCAUCAUUAUCCCUUCACGACACCAUGUGGCCAAACUUGUUGUUGAAUUCUAUCACAGGAAAUCAAGGCACCAAGGCAGACACAUUACUGGUGGUGCAGUGCGAUCUGCAGGAUUCUGGAUUGUUGGUGGUAAGCGACUUAUCUCAUCAAUGCUGUACAAUUGUGUCAUAUGUCGAAAACUACGCAGGGAUGUGGAACACCAAAAAAUGGCCGACCUACCCUUAGAUCGCACUCAACCAAGUCCACCAUUCACAUAUGUGGGCCUUGAUACCUUUGGACCUUGGAACAUUGUCUCCAGACGAACUCGUGGAGGAGUUACAAAUUCCAAGAGAUGGGCCAUACUGUUUACCUGUUUGACCACUAGAGGCGUGCACAUAGAGGUUGUUGAAGAGAUGAGUGCCUCCUCCUUCAUCAAUGCUUACAGAAGGUUUGUCGUACUCCGAGGUCCUGUAAAGCAGAUAAGGUCAGACAGGGGCACAAACUUCGUUGGUUCGACCAAUGACCUCAACAUCAACACUAUCAACAUUGAGGAUGGACCAGUGAAAUCUGUCCUGCAUGAAAAUGGCACUACCUGGAUCUUCAACCCCCCUCACUCCUCACACAUGGGUGGGGUAUGGGAGAGGCUGAUAGGUGUUGCCCGACGCAUCCUUGAUUCUAUGUUAUUGGAGAAUUCUAUGAACAAGGGACAUUUAACUCAUGACGUACUUGUGACAUUUCUUGCUGAAGUUUCAGCAAUCAUGAACUCACGCCCACUUACAACCUUGUCAACAGACCCUGAUGAUCCUUACCCACUAAGUCCAUCGCUCUUAAUCACACAGAAACCUGAUGUUUUAGUGUCAUCACUGGAUGCUGUUUUUGACUGUAAAGACAUGUACCGGUCUCAAUGGAAAAGAGUACGACACCUGGCGGACAUCUUCUGGAGUAAGUGGAAAGCACAGUACCUUCAGUCCCUUCAAGAACGCAGGAAGUGGCAGAAAGACCAGAGGCAUAUUUCGGUUGGUGACGUUGUGUUGAUGGUAGACAAACAGGCACCACGCAUUCAGUGGCCUAUGGGCAAAAGUUGUGAAAACCUUUCCAAGUGCUGA